AUGACGUAGGGCCGGCAGUGUUUAUCAUGGCGGCUAUCUGCUGAUUGAAAGAAAAUUGUGGGUUUACAGCUUCAACAACGUUUUUACGAAAAUAGUAAAAAACCUUCUUCGUGCAAAAUGACCAAUAGGACAUCAUACUUCUACGACCCAGAUGUGGGCAACUUUCAUUAUGGCGCUGGCCACCCAAUGAAGCCUCAUCGAUUGUCUCUGACUCACAGUCUGGUGCUGCACUACGGACUCUACAAGAAAAUGAUGGUGUUCAAGCCAUACAAAGCAUCUCAGCACGACAUGUGUCGGUUCCACUCUGAAGACUACAUCGACUUCCUCCAGAAGGUGAGCCCCAACAACAUGCAGGGCUUCACCAAGAGCCUCAACACCUUCAAUGUGGGAGACGACUGUCCUGUGUUUCCAGGACUUUUUGAAUUCUGCUCAAGAUACACAGGAGCAUCCUUGCAGGGAGCUACACAGCUCAACCACAAGAUCUGUGACAUUGCCAUUAACUGGGCUGGUGGUUUGCAUCAUGCCAAGAAAUUUGAGGCAUCUGGGUUCUGUUACGUCAACGAUAUCGUCAUCAGUAUACUGGAGCUGCUCAAAUACCACCCCAGAGUUCUCUACAUCGACAUCGACAUUCACCAUGGCGACGGCGUCCAGGAAGCCUUUUACCUGACUGACAGGGUCAUGACCGUGUCCUUUCACAAAUAUGGAAACUACUUUUUUCCAGGAACAGGUGACAUGUAUGAGGUUGGAGCUGAGAGUGGACGGUACUACUGCCUCAACGUUCCUCUCAGAGAUGGAAUCGAUGACCAGAGCUACAGGCAGCUGUUCCAGCCGGUUAUUAAACAGGUGGUGGAUUUCUACCAGCCUACAUGCAUCGUUCUUCAGUGCGGAGCAGACUCCCUGGGCUGUGACAGACUGGGCUGCUUCAACCUCAGUAUACGGGGACAUGGUGAGUGUGUGGAGUUUGUCAAGAGUUUUAAGAUCCCUCUGUUGGUCCUGGGAGGAGGAGGAUACACCGUGAGGAAUGUGGCUCGCUGCUGGACAUUUGAGACGUCUCUGUUAUUAGAUGAGUCCAUCAGUGAUGAGCUGCCUUAUAGCGAGUAUUUUGAGUACUUUGCCCCAGAUUUCACUCUGCAUCCUGAUGUCAGCACCAGGAUAGAAAACCAGAACUCCAGACAGUACCUGGAGCAGAUUCGCCAGACUGUGUUUGAGAACUUGAAGAUGUUGAACCACGCACCGAGCGUCCAGAUCCAUGAUGUUCCCUCUGACAUGCUGAGCUAUGAACGCAACGACGAGCCGGACCCCGAUGAGAGGGGAGCAGAGGAGAACUACACCAGGCCAGAGGCAGCCAACGAGUUUUACGAUGGUGACCAUGACAACGACAAAGAGAGUGACGUAGAAAUUUGACCCACGAGAAUGAAACUUCACGUCACUUCUGCAGAUUUAAGCAAAACUUUUGUGGAAGGACCGAGAAAAAAAACUCUUUACCUCGACAGUAACAGUGAGAAGGUGCUCAUCCUGAGAGUCCUCAAUCAGCCACUCAACAUCCUGACGUUGUGUUUGUUUCACGGACAUAGUUCACCGGAACAACCCUGACCUUUGCACCAGAGCCCUGUAAAUACUUUACUUUUAGUUUCACAACACAAGUAUCUGUCAUUUCUAUUUGAUGUUUGGGUCAUAUGUCAAAUGUUCUAACAGGCAAGGGUCUCAAACUGAACCUUAGCUGUUAUAUAAAAUGAUAUACUGUACAUUUACGUAUUAAAGGUCACAUAUUAUUCUCCCUUUCAACCAGUUGAAAUACAUCUCAGAGCUCCCCAAAAACAUGUCUGUAAAGCUUCUUGUUAUAAAUCCACUCUGAUCCUGUAUUUGAUCAUGCCUGUACACCCCUCUAUUUCAGCCCUGCUCAGAACAGGCUGUUUCUGUGUCUGUAGCUUUAAAUGAAAAUAUCUGUGUCUGACCACGCCCCCUCUUUAAGGGCUUGGGUGACUGGCUUUCUUGCACCAUACUCUACUGUAAACGAUGAGAAGGCAGACUCAGAGUGCAGAACAAACACCUAGCUGUGGGAGUGUCAGCCACCUGGGGGAGGGCUUACUUCCCUUUGUGGUAAAAUCUCCAAAUGGCCUGUUUGAGCACAUGUUUUUUUUUAAGUGGAGCGGGCCAGCGAUGGAGAGGAUAGACUCUUCUCAUAAUUACGGGGUUUGUAGACAGACUGUGGACACAUAUAAGUGUUAGAAAAACAUGGUAAAGUGCAUUUUGCAUAAUAUGUGACCUUUAAUAUCGCAGCUUGUUCUCUCUUGUUUUGAAUUUACAAGCAGCAUGGACACAUAUCAGGACUCAUAACAAACCUCUCCUCUGUAUGUGCUUAUGAAGACUCAAAAGUCAACAUCUUCAUAAGAGCAUAUUUUCUCUUUAUAUCUUUUCCACUUGUUUUAAUGUUCAUGUUAUCCUAGUAAUGAACAUUACUUUUGAAAUAAAAUAGUUAUCUGUAACAAUGUAAACAAUGCCUGAGGUUUCAGUUAUCUCGGGGUAGUACAUGUAGUACAUUCAUGUGCCUGCCAGUAUCCAUGAGUUACAAAAUACCCAGUUCAAAUGUGAAACAAUCAUGCUUGAACAGCUUGAGACAAAAUUAUUCCAACUGCCAUUUUACUUCAAUACUUUUAUCUCUUUUAUAUUGUUGAAGAUGUCGAUAUGGAUUUCUACAAGUGAGCGUUGGUUAAAAAAAAAAAAGCCUUAAGACCUGAGCUGAACCAAACCUGAAUCCUUUGUCUGUGCUUUCAUUCCAUCGUCUUUCUUCUGUUUUCUUCACUCAUUGUAUAAAUGCAUAUAAAUAUGAGGACGUUAAGUGUGUUCAUUCUGUAGAGAAGUGGGUUGAAAGGGACGAGGUUGGUAGUUUGGUAACUAAAUAUUUGGUUUGACUGAAGCGGGUAGUUGAUUCAGGGAUAAGAUGAAGGAGAGCGACUGUAUUCACACCGGCUCAUUACAGAUGAACAUCACACUGUAAAAGUUUCAUCGACCAAUCGCCACUCCCCUCCUCUUUCAGACAGUUUUUAUGUAUUUUUUGAUAUUGUUGUCUGCUUUUUAUAAAUAAAAAAACAUUAAUUGUA